AGGCAGAGUUUGGGGAGAGAGAGAAAGAGAGGGAAUCAAAUCCAAAGUUUGACUGGACCCGAAAAAUGAGAACGAAAUUUUGGGAGCGCCACUCCCACAAUUUUACUUUUUUCCUCUCUCACUCUCACUCUCUCUUUUGCCCCCAAGUCUCCAACUUGUCUUGUACUCCAUUCUAUUCUUGUUCUGGUAUGUAACUUUACUUCCUCUGCAACACCCACUUCCUUCUUCUUCUCCUCCUCCUUCUAUAACCAUUUUUCUACUUUUUGGCCCUGUGGUUGUCCUGUGCAGCGUGAAGCAAUAAAUCCAAUAAUAUAUAUAUAGUUGCGGGUCUGAUAUCUGGGUACUGGGUUGGUUCUGCCUUCCCCUGAAGUAGUACCACCAGCCAGUAAAUUUUUAGUGCUACAACUGUAAGGGAAAAAAAAAAAAAAAAAAAAAGAGCUUUUCUUUUCAUGUGUUAUGCCAUCUAUCUAUUUUCUGGAGUCCUACUAUAGGAUCCAGAUAUGACAGGCUUAAGUUUGUGUCACGGCCGACAUUUCUGAACAUCGUACUUCUUUCAAGUCUGUCACUCCAACAAGUCCAAGCUUUCCUGUGGAGUCUUAUAAGAAAUUAAAGAAGCAUCAAGAGGCAGCUAGCAAAGAGUAAGUUUAAUUAGUUAGCCCGGAUCUGAAAUGAAGUAAAGAAAGAUUGGUCCUUGAAGAGAGCAUAGAGAGGUGUCAAAGGAUCCAGCUUUCUCAUUUAAUUGUUAAUGUAGAAAGAGAGAGUAGUAGAGACUAAACACCUCCUUUUGCAAAAAGAUUCUUCUCCCAAAGAAAAUAUAUGCUAAAUAAUAGACAGAAACUCUUUUUUUGUUUAAAUUGUCAGCUGAUCAGUUUGGUGAUGAAAAGCUGAGCAAAAUGAAGAGAGAAUGGAAUUGGAGGGUGUCGAUAUCAUCAGGACAAGGCAUCAUGGGGUGGUUGUUGUUGCUUGUCUUUCACCUUGUAAUAAUGACUUCAGGUUCAGGCGCCAGAGAAUUAGCUCAAAAACAACAAAGCAAUGAUGUGGUGGGGUUGUUGAUGGCCUUCAAGCAAUCAGUUGAUUCUGAUCCCAAGGGAUUCUUAGCAGAUUGGCAUGAUGAUUCUUCAAGUCCAUGCUCAUGGAAAGCCAUCUCUUGCUCUCUUGAUGGCCAAGUAGUAGCCUUGAAUCUAAGUUAUGCAGGUCUUAUUGGUGGCUUAAACCUUCCAUUUCUCACAGCGGUGUCCACUCUCCAACGCCUAUAUUUGCAAGGCAACUCCUUCUCAGCUGCCAAUCUCACCACAAGCUCCUGUUCCAGCCUUCAAACUCUAGACUUGUCUUCCAACAACUUCUCAGACCCUCUUCCAGGACCCUCUUUCCUUCUCUCUUGUAAUCAUCUUUCUUACCUCAAUCUCUCUCGCAACUCAAUCCCUGGUGGCACUCUCCAUGUCCCUUCUUCUCUUCUGCACCUCGAUCUUUCUCGCAAUCGCAUUUCUGAUUCUUCCCUCCUUUCCUACUCUCUCUCCUCCUGCCAAAACUUGGUUUCACUCAACUUCUCCGACAACAAGCUCACUGGAUCACUUAGCUCCACCCUCAAGACUUGCAAAAAUCUCUCUUUUAUUGACCUUUCCAACAAUCUCUUAUCUGGGUCUAUCCCCUCUAGUUUUCUAGCUGACUCCCCUGCAUCUCUUUACCAUGUAGAUCUCUCCUACAACAACUUCUCUGGCAACUUGUCCAGCCUUGAUUUUGGGAUGUGUCCCAAUUUAGCUUCACUCUUUCUAGCUCACAACAUCCUCUCUGGCAGUGACUUCCCAAUGAGCCUAGGACACUGUCAGCUUCUGGAGACACUUGACCUUUCUCACAAUAUGUUGCAGUCUAAAAUUCCGGGUGUCUUGCUGGCAAGUUUGAAGAAUUUAAAGUUACUAGCUUUGGCCAAUAAUCAGUUUUCUGGCGAGAUACCAUCUGAAUUGGGACAGUUAUGUGGGGGGAUCCGGGAGCUUGAUCUUUCUGUAAACAAACUCUCUGGUGGGUUGCCUUCGACUUUUGCAAAGUGCUCCUCUUUGAGUUCUCUCAAUCUUGGCAACAAUCAACUUUCUGGAGAUUUCCUCACUACAGUUGUGAGUACUCUCCAAAACCUGAGAUAUCUCUUUGUACCAUUCAACAACAUAACUGGUCCUGUGCCUCUCUCUCUGACCAAUUGUACUCAACUAAGAGUGCUGGAUCUCAGUUCUAAUUCCUUUACAGGGAAGGUUCCAGCUGAGUUCUGCUCCUCCAAAGCCUCAUCAGCUCUGGAAAGGCUACUUCUAGCUGACAAUUACCUGUCUGGGACAGUGCCUUCGGAGCUUGCCAACUGCAAGAGCCUGAGGACAAUUGAUCUUAGUUUCAACAACCUGAUUGGCACAAUUCCCUUGGAAAUUUGGAAGUUACCAAAUCUUUCUGACAUGGUUAUGUGGGCAAACAACCUUACUGGGGAAAUACCAGAAGGCAUUUGUGUAGAUGGAGGAAACUUAGAGUCACUGAUCCUCAACAACAAUUUUAUUACUGGAACUAUACCACAGUCAAUUGGCAAGUGCACAAACAUGAUAUGGGUGUCACUUGCUAGCAACAAGCUCACUGGAAAUAUCCCUGCUGGUAUUGGGAAUCUCCUGAACCUCGCUAUCCUCCAAUUGGGUAACAAUUCACUUACCGGACAGAUCCCACCAGAGCUUGGCAAGUGCGAGAGCCUCAUUUGGCUUGAUUUAAACAGCAAUGACUUUUAUGGUGCUAUCCCAUCUGAGCUUGCCAAUCAAGCUGGCCUUGUCAUUGCUGGAAGGGUCUCUGGGAAGCAGUUUGUAUUUGUGAGAAAUGAGGGUGGAACAGCUUGCAGGGGUGCUGGAGGACUAGUUGAAUUUGAGGGAAUCAGAGAAGGGAGGCUGGAAAGUUUUCCUAUGGUUCACUCUUGCUCAUCAACCAGAAUCUACUCUGGCAGGACAGUUUAUACAUUCCCCAGCAAUGGCAGUAUGAUCUAUCUUGAUCUAGCUUACAAUUCCUUGUCUGGAACCAUUCCCCAAGACUUAGGUUCAAUGAACUUCUUGCAAGUCCUGAAUUUGGGACAUAACAGUCUAAGUGGAAACAUUCCUGACAGCUUUGGAGGUCUUAAGUUGAUUGGAGUUCUGGAUGUCUCACACAAUUAUCUUCAAGGAUACAUUCCAGGGUCCUUAGGGACACUCUCUUUUCUUAGUGACCUUGAUGUGUCUAAUAACAACCUCACUGGCCUCAUCCCUUCUGGAGGGCAGCUGACCACUUUCCCAGCGUCCAGAUAUGAGAACAAUUCCGGCCUUUGUGGGGUACCCUUGCCCCCUUGUGUCUCUCAAAGCCACUCUGCAGGUUACUCAACUCAGGGGAAGAAGCAGUCAAUGGAAGCUGGGAUGAUCAUUGGCAUCACAUUCUUCCUCUCUUGUAUCCUCGGACUUACUUUUGCUCUUUAUCGGGUGAAGAAAUACCAGCUCAAGGAAGAACAAAGAGAGAAAUACAUUGAUAGUCUUCCAACUUCAGGUAGUAGCAGCUGGAAACUUUCCAGUGUUCCUGAACCCCUUAGUAUCAAUGUUGCUACAUUUGAAAAACCUCUGCGGAAGUUGACCUUCGCUCAUCUACUCGAAGCUACAAAUGGUUUCAGUGCUGACAGCUUAAUUGGUUCUGGAGGUUUUGGUGAGGUCUACAAAGCUCAAUUGGGAGAUGGCUGUGUUGUUGCAAUUAAGAAGCUUAUUCAUGUAACUGGUCAGGGAGAUAGGGAGUUUAUGGCAGAGAUGGAAACUAUUGGGAAGAUCAAGCACCGAAACCUUGUUCCGUUGAUGGGUUACUGUAAGAUUGGAGAGGAGAGGCUUCUUGUGUAUGAGUACAUGAAAUGGGGGAGUCUGGAGGCUGUUCUUCAUGACAGGAAUAAAGGCGGGGGCUCAAAGCUUGAUUGGACAGCUAGAAAGAAGAUUGCUGUAGGGGCUGCAAGAGGUCUAGCAUUCCUUCACCAUAGCUGCAUACCUCACAUUAUACACCGGGACAUGAAGUCUAGUAAUGUUCUUCUAGAUGAGAAUUUUGAAGCCAGAGUUUCUGAUUUUGGCAUGGCAAGGCUGGUGAAUGCCCUUGACACUCAUCUCAGUGUGAGCACCCUUGCAGGAACUCCAGGUUAUGUGCCCCCCGAGUACUACCAAAGUUUCAGGUGCACAGCAAAAGGAGAUGUCUACAGUUAUGGUGUCAUACUGCUAGAGCUUAUAUCGGGCAAGAAGCCAAUAGACCCUUCCCAGUUUGGUGAUGACAACAACCUUGUUGGAUGGGCAAAGCAGCUUCAGAGGGAGAAGAGAAGCAAUGAGAUACUUGACCUGGAGUUGAUGACAGAGAAAUCUGGUGAGGCUGAAUUAUUCCAGUAUCUGAGGAUUGCCUUUGAAUGCCUAGAUGAUAGGCCAUUCCGUCGGCCAACCAUGAUUCAGGUGAUGGCAAUGUUUAAAGAGCUUCAGGUUGAUACAGAAAAUGAUAGUAUCGAUGACUUCUCAUUGAAAGACACUGCUAUUGAUGAAUCACGAGAAAAAGAACCUUAGUUCAUAGCACUCAUCCCUAAUUGGACUUAAAAGACGUUUCUUGCAAGCCUGAAUCUGGCUGGGCCAUGGCUACGCAGAUGUGGUAACAAUGAUGUAAACCUCUGAAAUUGGAGUUGAAUUUAAUUCUUGUCCACUGUAUAUAAUAGAACACUGGAUGAGAUAGAGUGGAAGAAAACUUAGGGAGAACAAAGUAAUGGAGUCUUUCAUGGUAGCUUAUUUUUUGUUCCCUUUCGUCAUCACAUCUGUUACUAAAGACUUCAAAUCUUUGUUCCUUCGCCUUUGCUUUCUUCUCCCUGUCACAGUUUUGGUAUCUGAUGUGCUGCAGUUUGUCUUAAUUUCCAAUUAUUGUUGUUUAUAGAAAGCUGGAAUUUUAGAAGAAAGUUUUGUAAAGUUGUAGCAUUAGCAUUAUUGGGAAAUUGAAAUCGUAUUUGAGCCAUUUGUAUUUUGUUUGUCUUACGAUUGUGUAAUUCUGGUAAUUAUUGAAUUUGACAAAAAGGUUUUCGCAA